AUGAUAAUACCUUCACUUUUACGGACCGCUUGUGCCAUUCUCGGCCUUCAUUGCCGAUUACUGGGCGAUAAGGGGGGCUCGGGUAUCACAAAUGAUGCCACUGGCGUAAUGCUUAAGCUGAAGGUCGAAUACGUGCAGACUGUUUUGUCAGGUCUGCGUAGAACCGGCUGCACAAGCAAAAACAUUGCAGUUCGACACGAAUGGGACUCGCUGUCAGAACCCCAACGCCUGGAUUACAUACGAGCAGUGCGAUGUCUGCAGUCAAAGGAACCGAGGCAGCCUGGUGGCCUAGCGCGCAAUAGACUGGAAGAGUUUAUUAUACCGCACGUUAACCAAACUCUGGAGAUUCAUGCUUCUGGUCUGCUCCUUCCGUGGCACCGUUACUACCUUUGGCUUUACGAGAAAGCUCUACGAGAAGAAUGUGGUUACGAAGGCUACCAGCCCUAUUGGGACUGGUCCAAGUACGUUGAGAAUCCGCAAAAAUCGACUAUAUUUGAUGGGUCAAGCGCCUCACUUUCGGGAAAUGGCGAGCACAUUCCCCAUGAAGAGUACCGCAUGCCUGUUCCCGGUGGCCCGCCCCCCGUGCAAUUCCUCACGCGACCUGCAGGCGAAGGUGGUGGUUGCGUUUCGGGGCCAUUCGAGAACCUCACACUGCACCUUGAUGCCGGCAAUGAGGGCGCAACGACGCCUACCAAGCUGACAGAGAAUCCGCGUUGCCUAAAACGCGACUUCUAUAUGCCUAUACUCGCCCAGCAGAACUCGUACCAGAAUGUCACCAAUCUCAUCCUGAACAGUCCCAACAUGGAGACUUUUAACCAUGUUGUUGAGAAUGAUGACGGAGUACAUGGCGGAGGCCAUUUCUACUAUGGCGGAGAGCAGCUCAACCUUUUUACAUCGCCGGGCGAUCCCGCCUUUUUCCUUCACCAUGCCAUGUUAGAUCGGGUCUGGGCCAUCUGGCAGAGCAGAGAUCCUGCAAAGCGGCGAGAUGCACUAAGUGGAACUGUUACCUUUGAGAAUUGUAUGUUUGGAUUCCUGGCUACUCCCUCCGUUGGCUAA